AUGCAGAAUUUCAAUGGUCAAUUGAAGAAGAGAACUGUCAAUCUAGGAGGUGGCUUCAAAAACAAUAGGACAAACAUUUUGCUUCAUACUCAAAGAGAAAGAGAAAAAAGAGAAAAGGAAAGAGCUAGGGAAAAAUCAGUGAUCAUAGUUCAGUCGUUUAUUAGAAGACACCUGGCUUUAAUAAGAUAUAAAAAGCAUGUUGCAUUGCAAUGGGAGAGUCUUGUAGGUAAUCAAGACAUCAAUUUCAUUGUUCGUCAUUUUUCCUUGUUUUAUUCAACGCUAUACAAAAUCAAUGAACGCAAGGUACAACAUAUUCAAACUUUAAGUGACUUAUUAACUGAAGAAAAUAUCAAAAUUUUGGAUCAAAAUGUUCACAAUGAAUUAUUAAAUGUGCUAACAAGAACAUUGAAUCAGCUAAAUUUUGACAAUCAAUCUGAUGAAAGGGUUUUAGAGGUCAUACUCUCACUUUCAGAUAGAUUAUACCCAAAACAAGAAAUUGAACCACCUAAAAUCAUAAAUGCAUUCACUAGGAUAAUUGGUCUCUUUUCGGAGCAAGGUCAUUUUGAUGCUGCCAAUAAACUUGUGGUUAUUAUCACUAAAUAUUUACCACUGGAAACUGCCAAUUAUAUCAAGUUUCUAACUCUUCCAAAUUUAGAUAAAUUAUCAAAUUUCGUUAUUAAUUUUGAAACUUUAGACAAAAAUAUUACUGACUCUUCUGUUUUUUCACAUUUAAAUGAAGACGAAGUGUUGACUGUGCUGACAUGCUUUAUCAACAGCGCUACAACAUUCGAUGUGCAUGAAAUCUCACCAAUAUCAUGGGCUUUAUCAUCAUUACAAGUCACAAUUUCAACAAAGUCAGAAGAUGAUUUCGUUCAAGAAAAUGAAGAGGAUUAUCAACAAGAUUAUGGUUUUGAAUCCAAAAAGCUGAGAAGAAAGAUAAUUGACGAUGAAUUGAAUCAAAAAAUUGAACAACUUUAUAACCGUGAAUUUAUUUCAGCAGUAACGAAGAAUGUCAAAGAUUCACAUAUAUUAACUCGUCUCUAUGGUUCACUAAUCCGUUUAAAGCCAAAUUUAAAAUCAACUUUCAUUAUUUAUAUGAUUCCUGAUAGUUUUGAAAAUUUGGUCAACUCUAUUAUUGAACACCCGUUAUUCAAAGAAUUUAUAAAUAUGGAAGAGACCACAAUAUAUUCACUUCCAAAAGAUACUUUAGAUAAUCUUUUUCAGCCAAAUCUAAAUUUCAUACAAUAUGAUUUGUACAUAUUUUUAGAAGUCUUUCAAUAUUAUUUGAUUGUAUCUAAUGAUUAUGAGAUCUUCAAAAAGUAUGAUUUCAAUUCAGAAAAAUUUGAAAAAAUUGCUUUAUUUUUGAAAAGAUUUGUUUUGAAUUUAUUUUGGAAUCAAUCAAAACUAUUGAAAAGUAUACCAAAAUUCGAAGCUUGGGGUUUACUAGAAACAUUAUCAGUCAGAGUAUUAAAUCAAGUUUACUUGAAAGACUCCAGAUUAUCAAUAGUUGAUAAAUCAAUAUGGUUAAUACCUAAUAAUAAAGUUGAUAUAUUACAUCUAGUUACUUUAAUUACUUAUUAUCAAGAGCGCAAAGAGGAAAUUGAAGAUGACUCAGAUACUGACGUUGAUACAAGGAUUUUUUCUACUUUGAAAGCUGAUCAAAAACCGCUAUUGAAAAUAUUUUUACGUGCUCCAUUUUUCAUCAGUUUCUAUAAACGUGUUGAGAUUUUCCAAUUACUUGUGGAUAUGGAUAAGGAUAAAGAAGGCUUGGGUGAUGGUGCAUUCUUUUCAUUAUUCACAACAAGAUCCAGACAAUGGGCAAACAUUAGAAGAGGACACAUGCUAGAAGAUGCAUAUGAAAGCUUUAAUACCCUGGGAGAAGCCUUUAAAGGUCCUUUGAAGAUUAAUUUCACUAAUGAACAUGGUCAAGUUGAACAAGGUAUAGAUGGUGGUGGGUUAACUAAAGAAUUUUUAACAAGUACAGUUAAGGAAGGUUUCAAGGACUUGUUUGUUGAAAAUGACAGUCAUGAGUUAUACCCAAAUCCACAAAUUGGAUUGAAAUACCAAUAUAGAGUUGAAAGUGAAGAACAGUUAAAAUCACUCAAUUAUUUGAACUUUCUAGGAAGAAUUAUAGGUAAAUGUCUUUACGAAAGAGUUUUAGUUGAUAUAAAUUUCUCACCAUUUUUCUUAACUAAAUUCAAUACGGGAUAUAAAAACUCAUUUGAUGACUUGAGAAGUCUUGAUAAAGAUAUUUAUUCAAAUCUGGUCAAAUUAUUAAACAUGAAUGAUGAAGAAUUGGAGUCAAUGAAUUUGACAUUUACUAUUGAUGAACAAAUUAAUAAUAAAAAUGUAUCUAUUGAUUUAAUUCCGAAUGGUUCAAUUACACAAGUCAAUAGUUCCAAUAAACUUAAGUUUAUUCAUGAGGUGUCAAACUUCAAAUUGAACAAAUUGAUUAAUAUCCAAAGUAACUCAUUUUUAAAUGGUUUAUUUGGAAUGAUUUCAAAAGAAUGGUUAGCAAUGUUUAAUCCAUAUGAAGUCCAAAUGUUGAUAUCUGGUGAAAAGGACGUUGAUAUUAACGAUUUAAAGGAAAAUGUUCAUUACGGAAAUUGUGAGCCAACCGAUUUGACAGUUAAAUACUUUUGGGAAGUAGUGGAAGAGAUGUCUAAUACAGAUAGAUUUCAAUUGGUGAAGUUUGUAACUUCUGUUCCUAGAGCACCAUUAUUAGGAUUCAAGGCUUUAAAUCCAAGAUUGGGUAUCUUCCUAGAUAAGUCAUUAGGCCAUAGAGAUGCAUUGCCAUCCUCUGCUACUUGUACAAACAUGUUAAGAUUACCAGAUUAUAAAGAUAAAAAAACAUUGAGAGAAAAGCUUAUUUAUGCUAUAAACUCUGAGGCUGGUUUUGAGUUAACAUGA